UUUUUAUAAAUAUAUUGAAAAUGUCAAAAGCCACUUUAAGUCCUGCCAGUAAACACUCUCAAAGUUGGGUGUCUUCAAAGCUGGUGCUGGUUUUACUCGUAUUAAAACUUCGCAUCCGCCCACAGCCGUGCAGGCAGAGGCACCCUCCGCACAUACUCUUCAGUCAGGCGGAGACGCAGCAGAAUGACUUGUUGUAUAGGCUCCUGAAUGCUGUCCAGAGUGAGAAUCCCCUUUAGAAGAAUUCUGUGUCAACUAUAAGUUCCAAGGGUGGACCAAUUCUCGACUUAACCUAAAUUGUGGAACUACAAAGUACCCGAGUCUGCUUUAUUGCUACUUGAGGCGGAAUUCUUCUAGAGGGGAUGUUGUGAAGAUUUGUCCGUCUGAGGAGUGCCUGUAUCCGUUCAACCUCGACGUGGACCAGUUCUCAGAAUAUUUACCGGGAAAAUCUAAAAUGAAUAAAAGAAAAGUAAAGGAGCAGAAAAGAAAGUCUUCAGUAAAAGAACUAGAGGUCCAGAACUUCGAAGACUCACAGCUAUUCAAAAUGAUGAAUGAGCGGAAUGACCAGAAUGAUAUGUUUAUGUUUACUGAAAGGCAUGACGUAGAAGCUUGUCAUUCUAUGGCUCAUUACUCUUUUCUCUCGCAUAACUCAGAUAGUACGGGGAAUGCUACUUCUGGAAAGUCUUUACAACAGAAGAGAGCAGCAGAGUACACUCCUAGCUUUAACCCUUUUCUUCAGGAAUAACUGGUCUAAUUCUUAGUAAAUUUGUGAUAUUCGCGUUCUUA